AUGGGUAUUCUUGAUAAAAUAGCUGAUAUUGAGAAGGAAAUUGCUCGUACCCAGAAAAACAAAGCAACCGAAUAUCAUCUUGGUUUAUUGAAAGCUAAAUUAGCAAAAUGUCGACAAGAAUUAAUGGAACCUUCGAAAAGUGGCGAAAAAGGUGAAGGAUUUGAUGUAAUGAAAUCAGGAGAUGCACGUAUUGCUCUAAUCGGAUUUCCAUCAGUCGGAAAAUCAACAAUGUUGAGUACAGUAACAAAAACGGCUAGUACAGCGGCUGCAUAUGAAUUUACCACUUUAACAUGUAUACCAGGUGUUAUACAAUAUAAUGGAGCUGAGAUUCAAUUGCUUGAUCUUCCUGGUAUUAUUGAAGGCGCUGCUCAAGGCAAAGGUCGUGGUCGACAAGUUAUUGCUGUGGCACGAACAUCUGAUAUGGUAUUAAUGAUGCUUGAUGCUACAAAAGGAGAAGUACAAAAAGAAAUUUUAGAAGGAGAGUUAGAGUCGGUUGGUCUUCGAUUGAAUAAACACAAACCAGAUAUUUAUUUUAAGAUAUUUAAUGCUCAAGUAUUAUUUCGUGAAGACUGUACAUCUGAUGACUUCAUUGACGUGGUUGUUGGUCGAAGAGUCUAUAUGCCAUGCUUAUAUGUAUAUAAUAAAAUCGAUCAAGUAUCAAUUGAAGAGGUUGAUAGAUUAGCACGUUUACCUAAUUCAGUGGUUAUAAGUUGUAAUAUGAAACUGAAUAUUGAUUAUAUGCUUGAAACAAUAUGGACACUAUUAAAUUUAAUUCGUAUUUACACAAAAAAACGCGGUGAAAAACCUGAUUUCGACGGUGGUUUAAUUAUGCGCAAUGGUGUCACAGUUGAUUAUGUUUGUCGUGCUGUACAUCGUACAAUUAUUGAACAGUUUAAAUAUGCAUUAGUUUGGGUUGGGUACCAGUUAAUUCGCCAAAAGAUAAUGGCUAGUAAUCAUGUGGAAGAUGAAGAAAUUAUAAAUGAUGAAUCCACAAGAAAUAGUGAGAUACAACCACUACUCGAUGAUUUCAAACGUCAUACAACAUAUACGUCAUUAAACAGUUAUAUAUCUGAACCAUUGUCGUCAGUCAAUCCUUAUACAUUAUUAACCGGCGAGAAACUAAUAUCAUCAAAAUAUGAAUCAUUAGACUAUGAUGAAGUUGAUAAUGAAAUAACACAUAUUGAAGAAAAACGCUUAGGCUAUGAAUAUCAACGACGUAUCAUGUUUUUUAAAUGGUUAAUUAGUAGGUUAUUUGUUUUAAAUUGUUACUUGUUAAUUGUUGGUAUUAUUGUUGGUUUGAUUGCCGUUUUCAUCGAUGUUUGUGUAAAAAAAUUAACAUAUUUUAAAUAUUCUUACGUUCAAUCACGAAUUGAUUAUUGUUUAUCUAAUCACUGUUUAUAUGCUCCAUAUUUGACUUGGAUUGGAAUCAAUUGUAUAAGUGCAUUGGUUGCAGCUCUUCUUAUUAUUUGGGAGCCAGCAGCGCGUGGUAGUGGUAUCCCACAAGUGAAAUGUUAUUUGAAUGGCGUAAAGAUACCGCAUGUAGUCCGGUUGAAGACACUCAUUAGUAAGGUGGUUGGGGUGAUUUUUUCUGUGACUGGUGGAUUAGCAGUGGGCAAAGAAGGACCAAUGAUUCAUGCGGGUAGUGUAGUGGCCGCGGGAAUUUCACAAGGUAUGAGCUCUUCGCUCAAAUUUGAUACGCAUAUAUUCAAAUAUUUUCGUAGUGACAAAGAUAAGCGAGAUUUUGUUUCCGCUGGAGCUGCGGCUGGAGUAGCUGCAGCUUUUGGAGCACCGAUAGACGGACAAUAUAACACAAUGGCUGCACUAUUCUUUGACACACCAGAAACAGCAGUUAAAAAUCUUUUUCAUGAUGAAGUAGGUUCAUACAAUCCAUUGAGUUUAUUAUUGUUUUGCGUUAUCUAUUUCCUUCUGGCAUCAUGGACAUAUGGUAUCGCUGUCUCAAGCGGUCUGUUCAUUCCCAGUUUAUUGAUCGGUGCAGCAUGGGGACGUUUGUGGGGCAUUUGUGUUUUGAAAAUAUUACCAAAUAGGGUGGGUGGAAUUAUGAGAAUGACAAUAAGUUUAGCUGUUAUAUUAAUUGAAGCAACAGGAAAUAUUGGAUUUGGUUUGCCAAUAAUGAUUGUUCUCACUUGUGCAAAACUCAUUGGAGAUUUGUUUAAUGAAAAUUUUAUUUCUAAAACUGAUAUUUUACGUGACUACUUAACAUCAGAUGAUUUUCGUGAAACAUAUCCAAGAUAUCCAUCAUUAGACAGUGUUCAUUUAUCAAACGAUGAUUUUGAACUUUAUAUUGAUUUGAAACCAUAUAUGAAUACAGCACCUUAUACAGUGACACAUCGUUCUACUCUACCAAAAAUAUUUAGUCUAUUCCGAGGAUUGGGUUUGAGACAUCUUGUUGUCGUUAAUGAUCAUAAUGAAGUUGUGGGUAUCAUUACAAGAAAAGAUUUAGCUCGCUUUCGUAUUAAACAUUCAAAAGGAUCUUCUUCAUUGGAGGAAUUGGGAAUAUCGAACUAA